AGCCAGAUGAGUCCAUGCACACUGCAACUUCCUUUCUAUUCUAUUUUCUCUCCCUUUCGCUUUCUGCUUUCUCUUCUCAGAUUCCUCUGUUUUUUUUUCUCUCUCACUCCUCUCUCCUCUUCUUCCCCAACUGAUCGCUCCAAAGCUCUCGCCUUUGUUCGGCUGAAGGUCUCAUUGCCGAUUUCACUUCUACGUUUCAUAAUUCUUGCGCGCGCUGUGCUCUCCGACGGUCAAGUUCAGUCCUUGGAGUCAUCUCCCUCAUGGCCUCGCCGCCGCCGCCGCCAUGCCCUUCCCCUUACUUGCUCCACUUCCUUCUCUGCACAACCUCCUCGCUUCUCCUCGUCGGCGGCCUCAACAGUGAAGGCACCGCCCUCCUCUCCUUCAAAGCUGCCGUCCGAGACGACCCGAGCGGCUCCUUGGCCAACUGGAACUCCUCCCACUCCGACCCCUGCUCCUGGAACGGCGUUACUUGCAGGGGCGGCUCGGUGGCCGCCCUGAGCCUGCCUAAGAAGAAGCUGGUGGGCUUCCUCCCCUCCGCCCUCGGCUCGCUCCAGUCCCUCAGGCAUGCUAACCUCAGGAACAACAGACUCUUCGGAGGCCUCCCCGCCGGCCUGUUCGCUGCCCGUCGGCUCCAAAGCCUGGUGCUUUACGGCAACUUCUUCUCCGGUUCUGUCCCGCAGGAGAUCGGGGACCUUUUGUACCUCCAAAGCUUGGAUCUCUCCCGCAACCUGUUCGCCGGCUCCCUCCCGAGCGCCUUGACGCAGUGCGAGCGGUUAAAAACCCUAAUUUUGAGCCACAACAACUUCACCGGACCUUUGCCCCUCGGUUUUGGCGGCAGCCUGGCUGGUCUGCAAAAACUUGAUCUUUCUUACAAUGGAUUCAAUGGCUCAAUUCCUAGCGACCUUGGUAAUCUUUCCAACCUUCAAGGAACCCUAGAUUUGUCCCACAACAGGCUCUCUGGUUCGAUCCCGCCGGGACUCGGGAACUUGCCGGAGAAGGUCUACAUCGACCUCACUUACAACGAUCUCAGCGGCCCAAUACCUCAAAAUGGGGCUCUGGAGAACAGAGGACCGACGGCCUUCAUCGGAAAUCCCAAUCUCUGCGGGCCGCCAUUGAAGAAUCCCUGUCCUUCUGAUUCUCCAUCGACUAAUCCCUUCUUGCCUAACAAUUAUUCUCCAAUGGCACUCGAAGGAAAUGCCACAAAUGGCGGAAGAAGAACCAACACUAGAGGGCUGAGCAAAGCUGCAGUCAUCGCCAUCGUCGUGAGCGAUUUGGUAGCAAUUUGUCUGAUUGCAUUGCUGUUCUUCUACCUUUACUCCAAGGCAACUGCUUCACUUGGGAUCAAAGAGGAAACAUGGAAAUCCGAUUCGUGUUCUAAGUCGAAGAAGGAGUGCAUAUGCUUUAGAAAAGAGGAUUCAGAGACCUUAUCAGACGACAUCGAGCAGUAUGAGCUAGUGCCAUUAGAUAAGCAUAUGGCAUUCAAUCUCGACGAACUUUUGAAGGCUUCGGCCUUUGUUUUGGGUAAGAGCGGCAUUGGUAUCGUCUACAAGGCUGUCCUGGAUAGUGGCCUUUCUAUGGCUGUCAGGAGGCUUGGGGAAGGAGGAUCACAAAGGUUUAAAGAGUUCCAAACUGAGGUAGAAGCAAUCGGUAAGGUUCGACAUCCCAACAUUGUAGCCCUGAGAGCUUAUUACUGGUCGAUCGAUGAGAAGCUUCUCAUAUAUGACUACAUUCCUAAUGGCAAUCUCUCCACUGCUAUUCAUGGGAGAUCUGAAGCAAUGAAGUUUUCACUCUCAUGGGAGGUGCGCUUGAAGAUCAUGAAGGGGAUAGCAAAUGGCUUGGCUUUCUUGCACGAAUUCAGCCCAAAGAAGUAUGUUCACGGGGAUCUUAAACCGAACAAUGUGCUUCUUGGAUUAGACAUGGAACCCCACAUUUCUGAUUUCGGUGUCGGUCGGUUGGCAAACAUUGCCGGAGGAUCUCCAUUCCUGCAGUCUGAUCGAAUAGCCACCGAGAAGACUCAAAACCAACAACAAGAUGUUGGAUUUAGUCCCAUUAUAAGUAAAGGAUCUUGUUAUCAGGCUCCAGAGGCAUUGAAGACCCUGAAACCAUCGCAAAAAUGGGACGUUUACUCGUAUGGAGUAAUUCUGCUGGAGCUCAUCUCCGGCAGGUCGCCAGUUUUCCUACUGGAGACCUUCACAAUGGAUUUGGUGUGUUGGAUCCAAUUCUGCAUCGAAGAGAGAAAGCCACUCUCCGAUGUGCUCGACCCUUCUCUAUCGCAGAAUUUAAAUCGACAAGAUGAAAUAAUUGCAGCCCUGAAAAUUGCUCUGGCUUGUGUUCAAGCUACCCCCGAAAAGAGGCCGUCAAUGCGAUACGUCAAUGAUACUCUGGAAAGGUUGAUCAAUGGGAGCUAGUUUCUGUAAGAAUGCUUUGGUUAGAAUUGAAUCGAUGAACUGGAAAGGGUAAGAGAGGCCACUAAAUUGAGAUAUGUUGCUUAAUCAUCCUUUCGCUUACAUAUUCAAACAUGCUUGUCUUCAUUAUGAAUGUUAUAGUCUUUUAGUAUGUUAUUAAAUAUGUAAAAGUUUCUCUUUUCCUCUUCUCUAGUAAGGGGAGUCUAGUCUCGAUAUAACGGUGAAUAAUAUCAUGUGAUUUUGAAGUCACGAGUUAAGACUGAAAA